UAUAUUAUUUUGUAAUGUUUGCUACUACCCCUCAAACACGUUUUAACAAUGGCCAGUGUGGUGACCAUCGCUUUUGCAACCCCGGAAAAUAUCUUUGACGAAAAAAAAGCAAAAUCAUACGGCUUUUUAUUAAGGAAAGAAAAAGAACGCCAAAUCAGGUACGACAACCCCCCUCUCUCCCUUGUUCCAAUUGUCUCACAUUGCUUCAUCCUACACCCACAUGAAACAACGAUUUCACAGACCCAAAUCAAACUCGGUUUCCUCAGCAUCAUCUCAAGAAGGCCCACCUCCCAUUGACUUAAAUUCUCGACUAUUCCUCAAGAUCAAUGCCAAUAGGGCUGCCGAUUUGGUGUCCACUAGUUCGACCACAAAUUCGUUGUUAUCACCCCAUAAAUAUUCAUCUCGCAAGAGCAUAAAUCCGGUUCUAAUUGUACAAGUGAACCAGACUAUCACUUCUACAUCCAAGAAACUCAACACUAAUCAACCAAGUUGGGACGAUGCUAUACUUGUCCCCCUUAAACAUAAUGAUUUUUCGCAGAUGAUGAUUUUGACGAUCUGGGAUAAACAUAAACGAUACAAGAACUAUCUCGGUGAGUUGAGAUUGUCCAUUCGAGAUUUGUUUUAUGAAGAUGGCAAGUUUAAAGAAAAGACGGAGUUGAAAUGGUACAGGCUUUCUUCGAGUGAACUGCAAAGAACAUUUGUCACUGGAUCAUUACUAGUUUCAUUUGAGUUGGUUUCCAAAAGGAGAAAGAGAGGUUCGAGAAGAACCAGGAGAAACAACUCAAGCAGCAGUAUUUCCGAUAAGGAAGUUUUGUUUAAAGAGUGGCUAGAUUCGUUGGUGCAUCCCGUUCUGCAGCCUGACAGCACCAACCCUGAUGAGCAAGGGUUUUAUCAAAACACAGGUGAUGUUAUAGACGUGAGUGAUGACGAAAGCGAUGUUGAUACAGGCAAUAUGGGCACACACAACCGAGUAUUGAAAUUGCAAGAGGAGCAAGAAGAUCCAAGUUCCUUAUCAGAAGUGUCCACUGACAGCUUUAGUGAUGAUUCUUGGAUAGCCAGCGAUUUGAGCACCUCCCCCAAGAUGUCACGUCUUGACAAGCUUAAGCGGAAAAGAAAAAAGAGAAAUGGGACAGGAAACUUUGAGUUUGGUCGUAAUGGCCAUAACGAAAUUGCUGGGGUGGCCUUUAUUGAAAUUGUAUCGUGUUCUGGUCUACCACCCAUCAGAAAUUUUACGCGAACAGCAUACGACAUGGAUCCGUUUGUGGUUGUCACAUUUGGUAAAAAGACAUUUCGAACCAGUUGGAAACGUCAUACUUUGAACCCGAUUUUUAAUGAACGGAUUGCCUUGGAGGUGUUGAGCUCGGAGCAGAAUUUCAAUAUCCAGUUUCUUGUUUUGGAUAAAGAUCAUUUCUCUUUUCAUGACAAUAUCGCUAGGAUCACCUUACCAUUACGUGAUUUGACUGAGUACGCUACCGUGACAAACAUGUCACGUAAUCCUGAUUCCAUAGAUGAAGGGCUUUCCACGGGGAACGAGUCUCCACUGAAUGUAAGUAUUAGGAUCGUGGAUGAUGAAGAUUUGGUCAAGUCUAUUCGAAGAAAGAAGUUCUCGAGGAAGAAGGUUAUUACUAGUUCACAUAUAGACACGACAAAAUUCAGAGUUAUGUCGUUGGCAUUAGACUUGCAGGAAAAGUAUUUAGGCCAGUUUGGCGAUUAUAAUCCCGAACUUAAAAUUAGAGUUCGGUUUGAAGCUUAUGAUGACUUGAGACGCAAGUUUUGGAGUACGCUUUUACAACAGUAUAAAGUGAAUGACGGAGAAGGAUAUGAUUAUUUUGAAUUGCUUUCGUUGUUGGACACUUUUGGUUGUUUCAAUAGUGAUGAAAUCGUCAAUGGAUUUUACAAUACCUUGGGCAAGCUGGUGUGGGGCGGGGACUUACUCACCCAUGAAGAAAUCAUCAAUGCCCUUGAAAAUCACGUCCAGUCGGCCAAGAACGGGGAUGAUCUGAAACUCUUUCAGUUUGAACGAUGCCCCAUCUGCAACCAGAAACGGUUUUCCAAACGCCAGGACUUGGAUAUCAUUACUCAUUUCGCGAUAUGUGCUUCUAAAGAUUGGAGUAUUGUUAAUAAACUCUUGGUUUCGUCGUAUGUUACUCCCCAUCAAGCGACUAAAAAGUGGUUUACCAAAGUAUUGAUCAAGUUGACGUAUGGGAAGUAUCAAUUAGGUGGUAACUCGGCCAAUAUCUUGGUUCAGGACCGUAUGAGCGGAAUUAUCAUGGAGGAGAAGAUGUCGGUGUAUGUCCGGUUGGGGAUCCGACUUCUUUACAAAGGGUUAGAUAAGGCGAAAACUAAACGAAUCAGAAUACUUUUACGAAAGUUGAGUAUUAAGCAAGGGGUCAAGUUUGAUAAUCCCCAACUGAAAGCCGAUAUCAUCCCGUUUAUAAAGUUCCACGGAUUGAAUCUUAAAGAUUACUUGAUUGAGAAUCCAAGUGAAUACCCCACAUUCAAUGAAUUCUUUUAUCGGAAACUCAAACCCAAUGCACGACCAUUGGAAGAUGAAAGCAACCCCAAGAUUGUCCUGUCACCCGCCGACUGCCGUUGUGUUGUGUUUGAGACGGUUGACGAUGCCACCAAGUUGUGGAUCAAGGGAAGGAACUUCACCAUUGCCAAACUAUUCAAUGGGAAUUUCAAUAAUUUGGAAAAGACCGACUUGUUCAAUGCUAGUCAGUGUUCAUUGGGAAUAUUCAGAUUAGCUCCCCAGGAUUACCAUAGGUUCCAUUCGCCUGUUGACGGUGUUAUUCAGAGCAUGAAGGAGAUCGAGGGAGAGUACUAUACUGUGAAUCCCAUGGCGAUUAGAUCGGAAUUGGACGUGUAUGGUGAGAAUAUCCGCACGAUUAUCCCGAUCAAGACCGAGCAUUUCGGAACUGUGAUUAUGAUCGCUGUGGGGGCCAUGAUGGUGGGUUCGACGGUGUUGCUAGUCAAGGAGGGUGACAAGAUCGGCAGAGGUGACGAGGUUGGAUACUUCAAAUUUGGAGGGUCUACGAUCUUAUUGUUGUUUGAAAAGAAGAGGUUUCAGUUUGAUCGUGACUUGGUCAAAAAUUCCAGUGAUUGUGUAGAGACGUUUGUUCGAGUUGGACAGAGUAUUGGCCACUCGCCUGAUGUACCUGAGUUUGAUAAGCGAGAUUAUGUCGAGUUUAAGAAAUUGUCAGCUACGCUGAAAUUGAACUUGAUUCGAGUAUUGACAGGCGGUGAUGUCAAGGACAAUCGUGAGUUCAAUAAUUGGGAAGCCAAGAAUGUCAGUUUUAGCCAUGAAGAUUUGGACGACUUACAAGAAGACGAAGAUGAUUUCUAUGACAACGAAUCGUUUGACGAGGAAGGGUCGCUCGAAGAAGAUGACUAGUUAUAAAUUAUGUAUAUUUAGAACAUAAACCCAAUAAAUACCUUUGAUAUAUUAACUUUUUUUUCUUUUUCACCUACUGUUGGUAUGGACCGUAGUAGCUUGCAGGACGAUACAAAUCAUCUUCAUGGUAUCCUUUAUUUUCUUCUAAACCACGGACAAGCCAUCCGACAUGAUCGAGCUCAUGUUGAAUGUAAUGAAUUUCCUUGAAGUUAUUUCGGAACAAGUAUGGGAUAAUCACAAAUUUGGUGACAACGGGAGGGAUGACAAGACCAGCUACUAAUCCCUUUAAACCGGUAGAUAACACAGAUGACAUUUACGUUUUGGUGUUUACAAGAAAGUCUGGAAAAAAGGAUUUAGGAUUAGGACGAGUUUAAAUAGGCGAGGGUUGCGGGAAACCCCGGGGCGUGGGGAGACUAAGU